GAAUACAUUCGCCUGCUGCAGCCGUGGUGCCACGUGAACAUGGGCUCCUGCUGCUUCAUGAUGGGCCGGUGCUACCUUGUCAUGGGUGAGGGGCACAAGGCUCUGGACUGUUUCUGCCAAGCUGCAUCGGAGGUGGGAAGAGAAGAGUUCUUGGACAGGCUGAUCCAGCCUGAGGAGGGCGAGAUGGUCUCCACUCCACGCCUGCAGUACUACAACAAGGUUCUGCGCUUGUUGGACAUGGUGGGUUUACCGGAGCUGGUCAUCCAGCUGGCCACCCUGGCCAUCAUGGAGUCGGCAGAUGACUGGAGAAGCCAGGCUACUUUGAGGACUUGCAUCUUCAAACAUCACUUGGAUUUAGGACACAACAGCGAAGCAUAUGUGGCCUUAACGCAAAACCCAGAUCUGAGCAGGCAGCUGGACUGCCUGCGCCAGCUAGUGGUGGUUCUCUGCGAGCGCUCCCAGCUCCAGGACCUGGUGGAAUUCCCCUACGUGAACCUCCAUAACGAGGUCGUGGGGAUCAUCGAAUCUCACGCUCGAGCCGUCGACCUGAUGACCCACAAUUACUACGAGCUGCUCUACGCCUUCCACAUCUACCGCCACAACUACCGCAAGGCUGGAACAGUGAUGUUUGAGUACGGCAUGCGCCUGGGCCGGGAGGUGCGGACGCUCCGAGGGCUCCAGAAACAAGGGAACUGUUUCCUCGCUGCUAUUAACUGCUUACGGUUGAUCCGCCCGGAAUACGCCUGGAUCGUCCAGCCGGCUGCUGGAGCUGUGUACGAACGCCCUGGAGCAUCCCCGAAGAGAAGCCACGAUGGGGAGUGCACGGCUGUUCCCACAACCCGCCAAAUCGAGAUCCUGGAGCUGGAGGAUUUGGAGAGGGAGUGCCUGCUGGCUCGGAUCCGGCUGACUCUGGUGCAGCACGACCUGUCGACGGCGGCCGUGGCAGGCAACUCUACACCUGAGGAAACGGUUGCUCUCCUGGUCCGGGCCGGUCUCUUUGACACCGCCAUCACUCUGUGCCAGACCUUCAAGCUGCCCUUGACGCCCGUCUUUGAGGGACUCGCUUUCAAGUGCAUCAAGCUGCAGCUGGGCGGGGAGGCAGCGCAGGCGGAGGCCUGGGACUGGCUGGCAGCAAACCAGCUCUCCUCACUGGUUACCACCAAGGAGUGCAG